AUGGGUUGCUUCUCCACGGCUGCCUGGGUGGUUCUUGCAGCCAGUAUCACCCUCGUCUCUGCUCGCCCAGUAACCACAAUCUCGACCCUCACGCCAAGGUACGACACCGUCGACCAGGACUACACUAUUGGCGGUAUCCUCAUCCCUGUCACCAUCGCCAUCGCCUUCGCGAUCCUUCUGCGAGCAAUUGUUUUGAGGGCACGUCGUCGCAGGGCGUACCACCCGCAGCCGCGACCGCAACAAACGGCCGUCAAAACUCGGAGGUGGUGUGGGCUGAGGAAGAAAAAGCCGACGCCGACAGACGGUAACCCCGAAGCAGGGUUCACGCCCGACCCCAACGCCGUGGCCUACCCUCCCGGUGCGGUCCUUGUGGACUCGUACUCUGGCCAGCCGACGCUCAACGUCCCCGAAACCAAACGCGAAGAGGACCCGAACGACCCGCCCCCGAUGUACACUCCUUCGGCGGAUCCCUCGCCCACCCCGUCGCCUAGCGCCACCCCCGCUCCAGCGCCGCGCACGCUCGCACCGUCUCACUCACCAUCGUACUCGCGGGCGUCGGGGGGGUCCAUUGAACCGUCCCAGCAGGGAUACUUCAACCUCGCUGUGCCGGGUAAGGAGGUCGAUGAACAUACCCGUCAGGAAGCGGCGCCGUCCCCAGCGCCCGCCCCCGCGCCCGCCCCCGCGUCCACGUCCACGUCUCGCAGCUCGCGCUUCCCUGCUGGGUUCUUCCAGAUUGGGCGUAGUGCAGCAUAA